UAGGAUGUGAGGGCCAUUUCCUCCCAGGCGGGGGUCAAAUCCUUGAGAAGCUGAGACAUCCCGUCCAGCCACCGGUCCUAAACCGGGUGCAUGCCGUGGUCACCUCUCUAGACGGCUCCGGAGAGCCGGCCACACAGCCCCUCUCGGGUGCAGAAAGCCGGCUUCCCCCGGCCCACUGGGAAGAUUCCUGGCUAUCCACCCGGCCUGGGUAUCUAAGGGCAGGAGCCGCGCCGGGCGUGCCGGGUAGACUAGAGAACACACUCGCCUGACUGGCUAGCCACCCCACCCGGACCCAGGCUCGGCGCCGCACACUCCCCGGGGGGGCCCCGGCGCAGUCACGCGCACACCACAUUUGCGUUCACAAGCGCGCAAGGCCCUCGCUCUCCGCCCCGCACACCUGCGCUCCGCCCCCUGGUCCUGGGCCGGCGACAGGCGAAGGCUUUUGGGAACCCAGGGUGGCUGCGACGGCGCACCCCAUCUCUUCUCCUUUCCGGGGCCGGAGUUAUCCGGAAUCUGCCGCUGCUCCCAGCCAGGCUGCAUCCCUCUCUAUCCUUCCCUCCCCCCCGCCUGCCGCGGCACCGGUAUCUGCAGUCGCAGCCCGGAGCCGGUGAGGCGGCGAAGGGGGGAGGGGAAGGAAGCGAGGGAUGAGAGCCGGGAGGGAGUCGGGGGCCCUGAGCCGGACUAGGACGCCCCUUCGAGCCGGAACCCGAGCAGGAGUCGGAGCCGGAGCCAGAACCAAACCACCGCUGCAGCCCCCAAACCCCAGGAGGCGUCCUGGCCCGCGCUCGCCCCCCAGGGCCUCAUGGCGGAACCACAGCCUGACCUGGAGCCACCCCAACAUGGGCUGUACAUGCUCUUCCUGCUUGUGCUGGUCUUCUUCCUCAUGGGGCUCGUGGGCUUCAUGAUCUGCCACGUGCUCAAGAAGAAGGGUUACCGCUGCCGCACAUCCAGGGGCUCGGAGCCUGAUGACACCCAGCUCCAGCCCCCUGACGACGACGACAUGAAUGAGGACACAGUAGAGAGGAUUGUUCGCUGUAUCAUCCAAAAUGAAGCCAAUGCUGAGGCCUUGAAGGAGAUGCUGGGGGACAGUGAAGGAGAAGGGACAGUGCAGCUGUCCAGCGUGGAUGCCACUUCCAGCCUGCAGGAUGGAGCCCCCUCCCACCAUCACACCGUGCACCUGGGCUCGGCAGCCCCUUGCAUCCACUGCAGCCGCAACAAGAGGCCCCCGCUUGUCCGUCAGGGACGCUCCAAGGAAGGAAAGAGCCGUCCCCGGCCGGGGGAGACCACCGUUUUCUCUGUGGGCAGGUUCCGGGUGACACACAUUGAGAGGCGCUAUGGACUGCAUGAGCAUCAUGAUGGCUCCCCCACAGACAGGAGCUGGGGGUCUGGUGGGGGGCAGGACCCAGGGGGCAGUCAAGGGUCUGGGGGAGGGCAGUCCAGGACAGGGAUGCCAGCCAUUGAAAGCCUGCCCCCUGAGCGGCCACAGCCCCAGGCCCUUGCCAGCCCCGCAGUGCAGAAUGGACUCAGGGACAGCAACCUAGUCCCUUGUGCACUUGGAGGGAACCCUGGAGCCUCUGCAGAGUCACCGCUGGCGGCUGGAGGGAGGGGCCCGAGCCCAGGGCUGGCCAGCCAAGAGGCAAAUGGACAGCCAAACAAACCGGACACAUCCGAUCACCAGGUGUCUCCAGCACGGGGAGCAAAAGGUGUGUGAGCCUCCUUCUUCAUUGCUGAAGAACUACCAGUUGCAGAGCCAGGGGCUGGGUGGCCAUGAAGCCC